AUGUCUUUAACAUUGUUAUUGAUCUGUCGACAAUCAAUACGAUUAGGAAACUUUUCGCAACUACGAACUUCAUUGGUAACGAACUCACUUCGUCCAGUUUACUCUCCUUCAAAUCUAUGCGUUGCACAGUUGUCGACAUUAAAAUCUCGAUAUGGUUCGAUAAAUCCUUCUCAAACGCAAAACCCAUUUCAAAAACCUUCAGAUGAAAGAACUCGCCGGCGUUAUUUACAAGAACAUAUACGUUUCCGUGAACAAUUUCAACUAGAAAACGAUUAUGAAUUGAUCUUCGCUCUACCUCGGCAGCGAAUGUACGGUUUACUACAUUUAUUAUGUACAUGCGCAAGCAUAAGCAUGUUUGUAUUUGUUCUCGUACAUGUGAAUCGUGAUCUAAUCGACUUGGACGCACCAAACGUGGGAGCUCAUGAAAAUAUCCCACCGAUAGUUCUUUAUUCAGUGGCAACAAUUAUCGGCGCAUGUUUUGGAUUGAUCUUGGUGCUUAUUUCUCGAACACCUACUCGAUUGUAUUACUCAUCUGUUCGCAAAUCGUACGCUUUAAUCUAUUAUCCAGUCAUUGGUGUAUUUCGUCAAAAGAAAAUCCUAUUCAACAUGCAACAAUAUCAAAUAAUUCCACAGCAAUUGGAUAGCAUUAAUGGACCGCAACGGGCCGCGAAGAUUCGCAUUCAAUUUGGCACAGGUUUAUUGAAAACGAGACAACAUUUCUAUUUCAUUGAACAUUAUUUUCGUUCAAAACGAGAUGUGAAUCGAUUGAGAUGCAAAGAUAUCGAACAAGAUUCAACAACGGAUGAGAAUGAUAAAUACAAAGACGAAGAAGAUAGCCAUAUUUGGCAAACAGUUGUUGAGAAAAAAGAUCAGCCGUAUCAAGAACGACCUCGUCAACAAAGAACAUGA